AGCGAAGAAGACGCGGGAGCAACAACAAUAACACAGAGCUAGCUACACUGAGGAGAACAGCUGCAAACUGUCCUUUUUGUAGCCUGUUUAUCCUGCUUUAACACAUACAGGCAGAACGUUUCCAUGAACAGAGUCCAAAAUAUAUCUUGACGGAGGUGAAUUCAGGCGCCAUAUUGUCUUUCUAACACAGAAAUAACAUGCUGUCGCUGCUGUGACGCGCAGACGAUAGGAGCUAACUAGCCGCACCGUUAGCUUGUUUCCAGUCAGUCCGGUUCUCUCUCGUCGGGUUUCUGUUUAAUGUCACUGGGCUCCGGUACCGCGUGCAGACAUGGAGAGCUUGUACAAGCGGAAAAUGUUCGCGUCGAUGCGGAAAACCAAGGUGGACGCAUCGAAGAAGCGCCAGAUCGGCCUACCCGCCUCCAUCCUGGACGACAGUGACGAAGGCUCCUUCUCCUCCUCCUCCUCUUCCUCCGGAUCCCAAUCCGACUUCCAGAGCUCCCCAGAGGAGGACAGCGAGCAGGAGGGUCGGGAGCGGAGCGAUUCCGGGGCGACUUCGAGCGACGACAGCCGCUCAGUGACCCGCAGGAAGCGCUCAUUCCUAGGAGGCGACGACAGCUCCUCAUCCUCCAGCUCCGGGGAGGAGGAGGAGGAUAAACAGAAGGACAGGAGCCAGCCGAAGAGGAUGGUGCAGCUCAAGAAGCGGAACAGGCUGCAGCGGCAGGACGAAUCGGACUCAGACCAUGCGGAGGAGAAACGGAGAGAGGAGGCGGAGAAGGCGAAGAGGAGGCAGAGACACAACAAGCUGCUGGCACUGUCCCGGAGGAUGAAGGCCCGGGUCCCGAGCAGGAGGAGGAGCCGCCUGAAGCAGGGUGCAAGUGACGAGGAAGAGUCCAAAGAAGCUGAGGAUGAAGAUGGAGGCAGAGGAGAAAACGGCAGCAAGAAAGAGGCAUCGGAAGGUGACGAUGGAGGCAGAAAGAAGGAGAAAGACAAGGAAGAGGAGAGCGAGGAGGAGGAGGAUGAUGAUGAGGAUGAGGAGGAGGAGGAGAAGGGGAAGGGGAAGAAGUAGAUCCACACCGUGAUAGGGGACAGAGAAGGAGUUUGGAUGUGAAGAACUUAAACCGUCUGAAAGUGUCUCCCUACUUUUAGCUUGUACAGUUUUUUUUCCUCCUGCAGCAUUUAGAGUGGAAAACAAAAACACUAAAAUAUGGAGUUUCGUGGUCAUAUCUGUUGCUAUAGAAACAGACAUGCAACAAAAAGACAUCAUCUGGGCAGCCUUUUGAUCCGUUACAAAGUGUUUUUUGUGAAGGAAGCGGAGCCAGAAGUGGGACGCAGCCUCAGAGUGAUGCUGAGAUCCAAAAGUGUCUCAUGGAUAUGUCCCUUCUGGGGCAGUGUCAUGUGAUAACUCUUAAUGUUGUUACAUUAUGUACCCCCGCUGAUCUGCUGACACAUGUCAUGUCAUUUUUUUUAUCCCAGAUAAGAAUAAUCAUGUUCCACUGACAGGUAUUGUUUAAAUUUUGGGGCUCAUAAUGUCCCAGUGGAAGAUGGCCACUCCUUGAAGGGAGCUGUCCCUGAUGGAGUCAUUCUGUGUUGCUAAUGGCACGUUGACAUCAUGUGGGAUGGAUGGUAGAGAAAGACUUAAUGACUUGUAAGCGUUCAUGUCAUCAGACAACUGGUUGUGUGAUUACAGUGUUGGUCAAGUGAGGGUUUAAAAUACUGUGCUUUGACAAUAUAACAUUAUCCCUUAAGUGUGGGUUGAUCACCUAGAACGGUGUUCUUUGGCUGAAUAAAGGUCUCCUUAUUUGUUUGAUACAUCAUUAUUUCAGAAAAGUCUCCCAGUCGUAAUGACGACUUUAAAGUUGAUGUGAAUGUGGUAUAAGCUGUUUGGGCUAGCUGUAGCUAGCUGUAUAUCCCUGUACGGCAAGCAUGGUGAGUGUGUGCUGUUGGACAUAGCUUGGAUACCAUCAAAGUCUUAUUGUGUAUCAGUGCACCACAUUUUGUGUUGUGUGUUUUUGAGUUGGUAGAUGAAACAUUACAGUAAGUAGCAGCAGUGUGAAAUGUGUAACAUGUCCCCGAUUAGGCCAUUAAUGCUAGCUAGCUACCAUCGCAGUGCGUCAAACAUCCAAAGUCUUUAUUUUAUUGUAAUAUUAUUGUGUUUUAAUGAUUGUUAAGAGGUGUUAUCUCUCAGAGACAUGCCUUGUGACCAAAUUAUUUUAACUCAAGGUCCACUUACUUGCUCCAGAACUUUCAACCUAUCUCGUGGUCUUCAGCAAAUAGAAUUGACCCUUCCAAAGUCCUGAACCAUCUCUUUUCCUCUACUUAUGCUAUGUGCUAAGCUGUCAAUGUUGGAAAGACCACCACAUUUUGGAAAAAAAAAAUAUAUGUAGUCGAAUCUUAAGGUAGCUAUUUAAUUAUGGUAAAACGCUAGCUAACAAAUGUUUUAUGAAAAUUAGCAUGCUAGUUAGCAAGGGUUUUGUUAACAAUAGCUAGCUUACUUAAGAUGUGAUCUUUUAACAGUGUUCAAACUGUAGUUGAAGGUGGAAGAAUCCUUUUUGAAGACGAUUAAAAGAUAAAGGCGACAUUUAUAUAGUCACAUCUUAAGACAGCUAGCUAAUGUCAGCAAAACGAUAGCCAACUAGCUAGCUAAUUUACAUGAAUCAUUAGUUAGCUAGCAUUUUGCUAACAUUAGCUAG